AUGUACAUGUCGUUAAAAACCCCCAUAGAAUGCAUGCCUGCUUGCCGUAACCCAACCCCAACGAAUGGAAGGGGUAUGCAAAAAAUGAACAUACAAAAGAAAAAAGAGAGAGCACAUCGUCAUCACGUUAUUCGAUCGAUGAUGGCCAGCAUCAUGAAGAAGUCAGUUUGUCUGUUGGUUGUUGGUUGUGGUCGUUGGUUUUGGCCCCCCCCCGAGUUACCAACUGGCCUAGGCAGCAGUGCCAAACGGAGCUCAAGCAACACAGGCGAACUCAGAUAUGCCCCUUCCAUCUACUUUGAGAAGAAAAAGAAGAGAAAAGGCAUGCAGUGCUCAAAGCCGUGCGUGCGAGCUCAUCUAGGCACCCACUCAGUGCCGUGGCGGCGUUGGGGGCCGUGUUUCUUGUUCCUUCAAGGUCGAGAGUCCAGUCUCCAUGUGCGGUGGUGGACAUCAACGUAUCCCCGUAAGUUAGACCAGGUCGAAGCCCAUCUAGGGCCGUCCUUGCUGCAAGUCAUGGGGCGCAUGUCCGUGGAAUCUCGAUCCAUCGUCGUGUGA